CCGCCAGAGCUAUACUAGUAUUUAAGGAGCAUUCGACAGAUCAAAGUCUACUUUUGCUUCUAAUCCAAGAAAAAGAUAACAGGACUACAAACGAUGGCCUUAAUGGUGAGAAUCUUGUUUGUCAUUCUCUUCAUUGGCUUUGUGGCUUCUGACCCUAACCCGGUCCAAGACUACUGCAUAGCCGUUACAGAUUCUGAAACCUACAUCCCAUGCAAGAAUCCAUCACUUGUCACCGUAGAAGAUUUCAUAUUUUCCGGUUUAAAUUCUACAGGAAAUUUCAGCGAAACAGGGCAAGCAGUACUUUCUGUCAAUGUAAACAACUUUCCAGGACUAAGAACACAGGGUGUUUCACUUGCUCGUGCUGAUUUUGAAGUUGGUGGUUUCGCUUUGCCUCAUGCGCAUCCAAGAGCAACAGAGGCUGUAUGUGUGCUGGAGGGGACAUUUUAUUCAGGGUUUAUUGAUUCACAGCAAAAAGUUUUUGCUAAGGUGAUUGAACAGGGUGACGUGAUUGUAAUUCCAAGGGGCCUAGUGCACUUCCAUAAGAAUAUUGGAGAAAUACAAGGAACACUCCUGGGCAUCUAUAACAGCGAAAAUCCUGGAAAGUCGAUGUUUCCAACUGCGGCAUUUGGAUGUGAAGUGAAGGAAGAACUUUUCGAGAAGGUGAGGGGAAAGUUACAUUUGUGUGGAAAGGCUGAAGCUGGCUUUAAUUAGCUGAUCAAAGCAAUAAGUUUCUGCCAAUCAACCUGCCGACGAUCGAUCGAGACCAUGUGAUCGUGGUAAUUUAAACAUUAAAUAAAGGGAUUGUAGCAGACUCUAUUGCUAUAUUUGAAUGCAAGUAUUUGCAAGUCCAAAGUUUUAAGCUGUAUUAGAAGAAUCAAGUUUAGUAGCUUGGUUUCUGUUCCAAGUUGUUGUUUCUGGUGGAUCGCGCCGAAGCAGCCUUGUAAUAAUGCAAUUGAUGAAUGCUUUAAUGGAUCAUCUGUAUUGCAAAAUUUA